GAUGGUAAACAUUUAGACGCCAUCUUAAUUUGUACAAAUCAUCAGUACAUUAUCGAAUACAUCUUCUUCAGGCGAAGUUUAAACAUCGAAGGACAGCCAAUCGAAGAGGUGAACUUUCUUCGGAAUUCAAAAUACGAAGGACAAUAUUGUGAUCAGCAUGGCGGCUAAAUUCAGCUCUGCAGAGGACAUCUGUGAAGGAAAGAACUGUGAGGCAAUCACAGAUGUGACGUACUACGUGAAGGAGAAGAAGAAGCUUUGCGAGGAUUGCGCCACCAAAGAAGGAUGCAUCGGAAAAGCAAGAAAGGGUGGGUCCAAUCUGUAUUGUGCGAAGCAUGAUAAAGAUAUUGAAUUGUAUUGCAAAACGCACGGUGUAGCACUGUGUUAUUUAUGCGCAAUGAUAGAUCAUCAGUUGCAGCCUUGUUUGAAACAGGGUAUAGAGGGCGCGAUCAUGGAAAACAAAGCAAAACUAAACAUUCUGAAAGAAAAGGCUAAGGACAAAUUAAAGCUUUGUCGAGCUUAUGGAGAUCUGAUUCGCCAGUGUAGGAAAGACACCGACACCCAUCUUCAAGCUUUGAAAGAUGAAGUUGAUUCGGUAAUCAAUGAGGUGAUCCAAACAGACAAAGACACAGAAAAGGAGGAUGCUGCAAAAAUCAACCAGGAGAUUGAUGAGAAGAAUCAGAAACUCAAAGAGGAGAUUCGAAAGAACGAUGAGGAGAGAGGGAGGCGACUUGAAUUGAACCGUAAAAAUGCAGAGAAAAGACGGGAACCAAUCAACAAGAAACAGCAUUGUCUUCAAACAGACAUUACAAAUAUCGCUGAAGUGAAAGACAAAAAGAUUGUGGAAUUGGAGAAAACAUGGCAAGAUGACACGAAAACCACAGAGAAUGCAAUACAGACACUAGACACAGUACUUAAAAAUGAUACAAAUGUCGUCAAAGAUGGGCAUCGUGUGAAGACAUCAGUGGGUGAAUUACAGAAACCACUGAAUGAGGGUGAGGUGAAACAAAUCACUCGUACCAUAUCGGGUGUGAGGUUUGUGAAGGGUGCUGGGAGACCGAAGUAUGAUGGGAGAAUUGAUUGGUAUGAUGGGGAGUGGAAGCUCAUUGAUACAAUCAAUGUCAAAGAUAAGAUCACAUUCCCGUACAUUGUAGGAUGCUUAGAUGAAUACAAUGUGAUCAUCUCAGAUAGACUACAGAGUAGCCUACAUACAUACAUGUUAAAUCUGAAAACUAAACACAAUCAGAGAGUGAUAACCAGUAGCGAUACAUCAUGGGUUGUCUCCUGCGCAUUGCUGAAUGAUGGGACGGUAGUAUGCGGUAAAUGGCAUAAAGAGUGUACAGGGGAACGUUUGACUGGAUACAUCAGUGUAUUUGACAGACAAUGGAAACACAUCAAUGACGUCGCAAUACCAAUAAACAUAACGGAUGAUAUAACAUGGGUCGAUGUAGCUGUUGACCAGGAUGGGAUGAUCAUCGCUGCUGAGUGGGCUCAGUCUAAGAUAUACAUCAUCAACCAGGCUGAUGGUAAGAUCAUGAACACUAUCACAUGUAACGAGAAUACAAUAAGGAUGCAUGGUGUACUAUCAUCAGGUCACAUCAUCGCUCGACUCUCACCACCAGAUCACAGAGUGUUCAUCAUCGACAGACAGGGUGCUCAACGGGAAAUCCCCCACAGUGAUGUAAUCCUGAAUGCCUGCAUCGAUCCUAUGACAGACGACCUCUACGUCGUGACAUCUGAUGAUGAGGAGAUGACUUGUGCGAUUGAUCAGGUGAUGAGUGAGGGCGAUUUGAAGCAGAGAAGAGUAGCAUCAUUCCCUCUAUCAACUAGGGAUAUGAAUAAGAAGGGUUACCUUCUAUCAUCUCGCGUAAUGAUGACAUCAUCAGGGAAAAUGAUUCUUAGCGAUGGAGAAAACAUUCUCGUAUUCAAAAAACUGUUGAGCCUAUGA